AUGGCCUCAGUAGUCGCCGAAAGCACUCCGGCUGCACCUGAGUCAAGUUCGAAGACCACGAAUCCAUCUACAACUCCUACAUACAACUUCAGCUUCACUCCGUUCCUUCGAUCCAACGGGAUCGCCGCUCUCGCGUCCAAAGUACCAGUGUGUCCUGAUUACGCGGCAACAGGCCAUUGCCCACGAGGACGUAGAUGCGCAGACCGCCACCCGACGCCUUCACAGCCACCACAACAUCACUAUGGCCGUCAGAACGAUAACUACGUCUGCAAGCACUGGCUCAAAGGGUUGUGCAAGAAAGGGGAUGCAUGCGACUACCUCCACGAAUACAACUUGAGAAAGAUGAGCGAAUGCCAAUUCUACAAUCAGAACGGAUACUGCCAGAACGGCGAUGAGUGCCUCUACGUCCAUGUCAAGGAAGGUUCAAAGUUACCAUUGUGCGAGGACUACAACAAGGGAUUUUGCGACAAAGGCCCAAGUUGCGGGAAGCGGCACGUCCGGAGAAGGCUUUGCGAAUUCUACAUGGCUGGGUUCUGCCCCGACGGACCGAACUGCAAGUUUGGUGUGCACCUCAAGAGUGGCGGAUCUGCCGUUGACAACAGUGUCGGUGAAGUUCAGAAACGCGACAGGGUGACAGACCUGGACAGACGGGAAGAAGACUCUCGCAAAGACUUUGGCUGGAAAGGUGGUAGAGGUAAAGGGGGGCGAUGGAGGAACAAGCGUGAACGAAGGGGCUGA